UUUAUAUGCGAAUGUAGGUCGUCUUUUAAUCUGAAAAUAUACACAUAUAUCGAUUGUGAAGAUAACGGCCUAUCUUCUGUCUCUAGCCAGUAAGCUAAGUAGCGCUGUAAUUUAUACGACUGAUUAAACGAUUCCACAUAUACUUAACCGGAACAAACGAUUUUCUAUUGAGGCGAUGUUUGGCCUCCUUAAGUUUGCGUGCCGUCGCCGGAGGAAGUCAAAUGGUGGCAAGACAUGCUGCUGGGGGUUGAUUAGAAAAGUGACACCGCACGCACACCGCCCGCGGAGCUGGGUGGAGCCACCCAAGACACCACAUGGCACCGCCGCAAGUGACAGAGCUGCUCCUGCUCUCAGUCGUCGAAGACAUGUCGUGCCCGGCGCGCGGAUUUGGCUCCGGAGUUCGCUGUCAAAGGUAUCCCGGUGGCAGAUACCAGGGAAAAUGGCUGGGCAUGCAGCCUAAUGGCUAUGGAGUUAAGCAAACGAGCAGUGGCUUGUGCUACGAGGGUCAUUGGCAGUUGGGUCAGCGACAUGGCUACGGAACUCUGCGACGCAGGGAGCCCAACGGCAGCAUUCAACGCAUCUACGUGGGUCAGUGGCAGCAGGAUAGGCGACAUGGCGAGGGCAAGCAGUUCUAUUCCGACGGAUCCGUGUACUUUGGCCAGUGGCUAGCGGGCCAGAGGAGUGGCCAGGGUAUACUGUGGCAGCCGGAUGGAGGGGUCUACGUCGGGGAGUGGCUACAAGACCAAAUGCACGGAAAGGGUGUGCUUUUUACGGCCAAAGGCAAACGCUAUGUAGGCCAAUUCGAGGAAGGCUGCAAGUCUGGCGCGGGCGUUUUUUACCAUGGCAGCGAUGGCCAGCGGAUUCAGCGCGGCUUUUGGAGCCAGGGCAUCUGUAAAACAUCUCUAAUGCCAUUGCUAUCAGGAUAA